AUGAAGGAAGAUGAUGUAUACAAAACAGCUUUCAGAACUCACGUGGGGCAUUAUAAGUUUAGAUUAAUGCCAUUUGGGUUAACAAAUGCUCCUGCAACAUUUCAAGCCUUGAUGAAUCAAAAUUUUCAGCCUUAUCUGAGGAAGUUUGUGCUAGUUUUCUUUGAUGAUAUACUCAUAUACAGUGUGUCAUUAGAAGAGCAUGUUGCUCAUCUAGUUGCUGCAUUUGAAUUGCUAAGAGCUCACUUACUCUUAGCUAAGAAAUCAAAGUGUUCCUUUGGUCAGAAACAAGUUGAAUAUUUAGGUCAUGUGAUCACCAAGGGAGGAGUUUCUACUGAUCCUUCCAAGAUACAAGCUAUGGUUGAAUGGCCUAAACCAUUUUCAAUCAAGAGUAUGAAGGGAUUCUUGGGAUUGACUAGGUACUAUAGAAAAUAUGUUGCUGGUUAUAGCACCAUCUGUAGACCCUUAACUGAUCUCUUGAAGAAAGAUGCUUCUAGAUGGAAUGACAAAGCUGACUUAGCUUUCACAGCUCUUAAAAAGGCAACAAAUACUCCAGUUUUGGUCUUACCAGACUACUCUAAGGAGUUUAUAGUUGAGACUGAUGCUAGUAAUGGAGGAAUUGGGGCUGUAAUAAUACAAAGAGACAAACCUGUUGCAUUAUUUAGCAAGGUGCAAGAGGUUACUGAAAGUUAUGCAGAUGAUCUACAAGCUAGAGAAUUGAUUACUCAACUUACUGUAGACCUGAUCUCCAAAUUUCAUGACUCUCCAUUAGGUGGCCAUUCUGGUCAGCUAGGAACUCUUAAAAGACUGUCUCAAAUAUUUUAUUGGCCUAAAAUGAAGCAGAUGGCUUGGAGUCACAUCAGCAUGGACUUCAUUGAAGGGUUGCCUAUAUCCAAGAACAAAGAGGUAAUAUUAGUGGUAGUAGAUAGAAUGACCAUGUAUGUACAUUUUAUAGCCUUAUCCCAUCCAUUUAUUGCUGUUACUGUGGCUGAAAAUUUUUGGAAAAAAUUGCAUAGCUUACAUGGAACACCUGAGUCAAUUGUCACUGAUAGAGACAAGAUAUUUCUUAGCAACUUUUGGCAAGAAAUGUUCAAACUAUUGGGUACUCAGCUUUACUACAGCACAGCUUACCACCCACAAAGUGAUGGUCAAACUGAGAGAGUAAACAAAUGCUUAGAGAACUACUUGAGGUGUAUGACUUCUAAUAGACCAACUAAGUGGAAGCAGUGGUUGUCAACUGCUGAAUGGUGGUAUAACACUAAUUUUCAUACUAGUCUGCAGUGCACCCCCUUUGAAGCCUUAUAUAGUUACUUUCCACCUCAACUGUCUUUGGGGCCUUUUCUUGAAACCAUAGUUCCAGCAGCUGAGGAUGCUGUCAUGUUGAGGCAACAAAUGCAACAACUACUCAAAGACCAUUUGAGUAAAGCUCAAGAAAGAAUGAAAUAUUAUGCUGAUCAAAGGAGGAAUGACAGAGAGUUUGCAGUUGGUGAUAUGGUUUACUUGAAGUUGCAACCUUAUAGACAGACUUUCAUUGCAUUAAGAAGGAAUCUCAAACUCAUUUCUAAGUACUAUGGGCCUUACCAUGUAUGA